CCAAGGGUUUGACACGGUUGCCAAAUGAUAAUGAUAGAGCCUCAUUAUAUGGUGCAUUACAGAAAUAUGGAAAGUUUACAGAACUUUGUUGGUUAAUGAGUCCCGAGCCAAAAAUACAAGAGACAUUACCACUCCCCAUCAUUAAUGAUGUUCUACUGUCUCCUGAAUUCCUUGCCAUUGAUACAUAUAUAGGACAAAUCUCCUAUUUGAAAUCCAAGAUGAAAAUGGACAAGCAUUCAAUAUCACAAAUAGCAUUAUUUGCUACUGGUCAAAGAGAAAACCCUACAUGGCAGAUUUUAAGAAAGGGGAGAUUGACAUCCAGUAGGUUUGGACAAGUUUUGCAGGCCAAGAGGGUUACUCCAUCUCUGAUGAAAAGACUGCUCAAUCAAUACAAUCAAUCUUCUGUUAAGUCUGUUAUGUGGGGUGUUACAAAUGAGGCUACAACAGUUAAAGAAUUUCAAGAAUCAAGUAAAUUCCAGGUCAAUCAAACAGGGUUAUGGCUUGAUGAAUCUGGUAUAUUGGGUACAUCUCCUGAUGGACUUAAUGGGGAUGAUUGUGUUCUUGAAUGUAAAUGUCCAUUUACACAGAGGGACAAAUCAUUGGAAGAUAGACAAAUCAUUUUAUUUAGUCAGAAGUCAAAGUGGAAUCUCUUAAAGGAAGGAUCAUACCUACUGGCAUCAAGUUGAAGGACAGCUUUAUAUUAC